AUGGAUCAGUUAAAUGUCAAAGAACAACAAGAGUUCCAACAAAUUGUUGAACAGAAGCAAAUGAAAGAUUUCAUGAACUUGUACUCAAACUUGGUUUCGAGAUGUUUUGAGGAUUGCGUUAAUGACUUUACAUCCAACAACUUGACUUCAAAGGAGACCAGUUGUAUUGCCAAAUGUUCUGAAAAGUUCUUGAAGCAUAGUGAACGUGUUGGUCAAAGAUUCCAAGAGCAAAAGGUCAAAGAUAGACUAACUAUGGGCCUGGAAGAUGCUUAA